AUGCUUCAACCCCACACGACACUGUACGUGCACUUAGCUCGACGCACACUGCUGUCGAUUCCUCCGGCGUAUCGAGUUGCGGCCACAAGCAGGCACAUCGCCUCGUCCAGCCGUGAUGCUGCACAGGUACAGGAAGAUAUUGCACGCGAUGCACAACCAUCGCCACACCGGGAUAUCUCGACAGAUGAACCACAAAAGCUAGGCAAAAGAGCACGCAAAGCGAUCAAGGCCCGCCAGAGGCAAGAGCAGGAGCGGUCAGCCAAAGAGGCAAAGUUCAACGGCCGCACUCCGGCACAAGGUGACGAUGCAGCGGGUGCGAGUAAAAGCGAAGACGUCUCUAGCGCAGCUGACACAGCCGGACCACAUCCCAUCCUGAGGGUCAAGCAUGUCCUGCAGGAGAGUGAAGGGCCAUCGCCGCUGCCAGGCACCUCACGAGAGAGCCAAGAAGUAGACCAAUGGCGGUCGAGGCUCAAGGGUCAAGAUGCCUCCGACCCUACAGCUGGGUGGAGCGGCUCGCUGUUUCGAAGUCACAUCUCCUCGCUGCUUUCAGGAUUCGGAACUGCGCCCAACACGCGUCCGCUGCAAGAGAGUGAUUUGCCAGGAGGUUCUUCCGCCUCGACCAUUAGCCUCGCGACGCCUCCAACGCCAGCAGAAACAUUGCAACUAACCCCAAGCAACAAUGAUCCAGCCAGACCAUCCGCAAAGCUAGCGAACAAGAAAGCCACCUCGACCUCGCCGUUCAUGACCAAAUCCGAACGCAUGGAAUCGCAAGCCCGUGUCAUCUUCCAAGCCAUUCGCGAAGCACGCGAACGCGGCAUGGUCGACGAAGACGAGUCCUUCUUCUACCCGUACCCGGAAGGAGUGCCACCCAAGGACCUCGAUGGCAAAGAUGCUGUAUGGCUCAACCUUGGCCCCGACCCGGAAGCGUGGGGGCGCGAGAUCCCGCAGGUCAAGGACAAAUGGCUCGAAGUGCUCUCGCUCGGUCUGGCCAAGGAGAUCUCUGGUCGACAUCCAGCAGCGUCAUCAACGUCAGCAGGCGGUGUGGACGGGGAAUACGGCGAUACGGAGCAAGCUCGGAAGGAUGAGUUAGCAUUCGACGAUCUAGUCGAGGACUUUGACCUGGAAGACCACGAGCGGCUAGAACAGCUGGGCGAUUCGAUCGUCAACAUGUCUUCGCGGCUGCUCGCCUACCACUCGUACCCAGAUGUCAACGAAGGAUCACUCACUCGGCUGUCCAACUACCCGACGCAGAACAACUUUCUAGCCCUGUUGUUCCAGGAAUGUGGACUCGCUGCCAGGCGCGAUGAACUUCGACGCGAGCUCCGCAAAGCGCGCUCGCCCGAUGAUGACUCAGUGGAUGCUGACGACGCGACGCCUACGAAGCGGCAGGCCAAGAAGGAGGGCGAGCCGGCACAGACCGAGGAAGAAAAGGCAAAGCUGCCGCUGCUGAUAAAGCGCGAUGCCGACAUGUUUGAGGCGUACGCUGCAGCGGUGUUCCUCAGCAACGGCAAUGAUUUCAACGUGGUGCAUCAUUGGCUCUGCCACCUGUUCCGACCGUUCCAGGACCAAGCGUAUCGGUUCAUGGUGCAGCGGAGUGAGGCGCUGGCGAGGUUGCAGGCGAACCGUGCUGUGGCGGCCGCCGCCGCCGCCGCCGCCGCCGCUACUACAGCGGAACAGGCUCCUGCCGCCGUUUUGUCAGCUACACGCUCGAUCCUCAACAAAUCGGACAGCACGCCAUCGCCAACCAACCUGUCAGCAGAGGGACUCGGAAUCAGGUCGGCAUCUGUGGACCCAUCCUCGGUCCCCUUUUCUUCACUCUUCCCCGACUUUGCACGCACCUCGGAAAAGUCUUCGACCCCGAUCCCUGCCUACGCUUUGACUAACGCUAGCGAGGCGUUCAUCACGGACGAGUUCCUCACCGUUGCCGCGCGCGCCCGUCGCCAACGCGAAGAGAGGCUGCGCGAAGAAAUGCGGCUGCAAGACCAGCAGGAACUCAUGAACAUGGGCUGGUUCCGCAAGGGCUUCCUCAACCUCCGAACCGGCUUCAGGCAGUACGUGCUAGGCAAGGACGUGGAGAGCGAGCAAGAGGCACGCUUCCGGCAGAAGGUGAAUGAACAGAGGGGGAUGAGCGAGAAGGAUCGACAGAGGUUGAGGGCCAAAGAGAGGAGUGCGGCGGGCGUGUCGAUCAAGAGUACGGGCAGUAAGAAGAAGACCAAGGUGUCUGAGGUCGAGAACGGCCGAGAUUGA